CUUUCAGGGGAUGCAUCCUCUGUUCAUGCUUUAAUCUGGACAACCCAGCCUUGGACAAUUCCAGCUAACCAGGCAGUUUGUUAUAUGCCAAAUGCUGAGUAUUCUCUAGUGAAGUGCUUAAAUACAGAAGAACUCUACCUUCUAGGUACAGAAUGUGUAGAAUCUACAGCAGCUAUCCUGGACACGCAGUUUGAAAUUCUUCAGACAGUCACAGGUUCUGAUUUAAAAGGUGGAGUCUGUAGCCAUCCCACAAUUCCUGGAAGAGAGUCCCAGCUUUUGCCUGCAAACCACGUCACAAUGGUGAAAGGGACAGGGUUGGUCCAUACCGCCCCAGCUCAUGGAAUGGAAGAUUAUGGUGUCGCUUCCCACCACAAACUCUCUGUUGAUUGUUUAGUGGAUGAAAAUGGCUUUUUCACUGAAGCGGCUGGAUUAGAGCUUCAAAACAAGUAUGUCCUUAAUGAAGGAAAUGAAACAGUCAUCCAAAUGUUGCAUGGGGCAAACAUGCUGAUGAAAGAGGAAGACAUAAGACACAGUUACCCAUAUGACUGGAGAACAAAAAGGCCAGUAAUUAUACGAGCCAGCAAACAGUGGUUUGUAGAUACUGCAAGUAUCAAGAACAGAGCCCAGGAGUUGUUGAAGAAAGUAAAACUGAUUCCACAUUCAGCAAUGAAUAGUAUGAUUGCCAUGUUGGACAGACGGACAUAUUGGUGUAUUUCAAGACAGCGUUGCUGGGGGGUACCCAUUCCUGUUUUCUAUCACAAGGAAACUGCAGAACCACUCAUAAACAAACCAUGGAAAUAUGAAAAUUUAUUUACUAGAAGAGUUCAAAUGGGAGGUAUUGGAUAAACUGUUGAUACUUAAAGUUGACGUGGCACUGACUGGAUGAGAUGUAUCCAAGGAUGCUAAAGGAAGUGAGAGUGGAAAU